CAGGUGAUGUAAAAUGCUGGAGAUAUCAACGCGGGCCGCGGCGGGUGCUGAGGGCCUCCUCGCCCUGUUGGCUGUUGCGACGCUGUGCAUAAUGUGUGUCUCUCCUGUACAGGCCAGCGAGUUCUUCCUAGAGUCCUCUGACAAACAGAUCUUGGACUAUCUCCUACACAGCAGCAGAUACGACAAGAGAAUACGACCACUAGCAAAAGACGGUCCACUCAGUGUCAACGUCAGUGUCUUGUUACUCAGGCUCGCUUCGCCUGACGAAUCCAGUCUGAAAUACGAGGUGGAACUCCUUCUUCACCAGGACUGGAUAGACCCUCGCCUCAAGUACGAUGACGCUGGAGUACAUUCGUACCUCAGUGGGAUGCACCACAUAGAUGAUAUCUGGCUGCCUGACACAUACUUCAUCAUGCACGGAGAAUUCAAGGAGAAUCUAUCUAAAGACAAGAUCGCCUUAAAGAUAUACAAGGAUGGAAAAGUCUCCUACACUAUGAGGAAGUACCUGAUACUUUCGUGCGAGGGGAACCUUAACAAGUUCCCCUUUGAUGAUCCAAAUUGCACCUUUUCCAUGGAGAGCAUAUCCUACGAGAAGAAAGACUUGGAGUACCAUUGGCUCAGCGACACUGGCAUCGAGAACGGGAGUUCCCUCGCCAAGUCCAACAAUUUCCGGGCCCUCAACGCUUACAUGAUCUCAAACCGAACCCUUGUCUGUCAGGAGGAUACCUUCUUCUGGAGAGGACCGGUUCUUGGAGGGGACUACAGCUGCCUCAUGGUCAACCUCGUGUUCACAAGGGACGACGCCUUCUACUUCAGCACGGUUUUCUUCCCCGGGAUGGUCCUGGUGACGAGUUCCUUCAUAACGUUCUGGCUGGAGUGGAACGCCGUGCCCGCUCGCGUCAUGAUCGGAGUCACCACCAUGCUCAACUUUUUCACCACGUCCAACAGUUUCCGCGAAUCCCUGCCGGUGGUGUCCAAUCUAAGCGCCAUGAACGUGUGGGACAGUGUCUGCAUGUUCUUCAUUUAUGUGUCUUUACUAGAGUUCGUGGUGGUGAACUACGUCGGAAGGAAGAGACCCAAACACAACAUGGCCUACAUGCCUGGAGAGAAUGCGGUCAUCCAGGUAUUAAUAGAGAACAAACAUCGGAUCCCGCAAGCCAUCCACCGGAUUGGCCUCAGUUUGGUAAGCGGCUGGACGGAACGGAUGCGGCCAGGUGGUCCUGUGGGGUCUUCGGGCACCGAGGUGGCGUCGGGCAACAGAAAUUCCCAUGAACUCGUGUCUUGCGCCAACUGCGGCAACUCCCAGUGUUCUCACACCAAUGCUCCUAACAACUGCCCCAACGGAGAGGACGUGACAGUGACAGAACCUGUGGAAGUCAGUCAGGUAGAGUACACUUUUAAGCCUCACAAGAAAGACCCUCCUCAUCCCAUCAGGGUAGCCAAGUCAAUCGACGUCAUCUCUCGCAUCGUCUUCCCUGUGGGCUAUUUCAUCUUUCUUUUAUACUUCUUCAUUACCUACAAGGGAUUUGAAGUCUGAAGGGAAUCAUCCGCACCUCUCCACGUCAUUCUGAAGGGAACCUCGUGUCUCUCUCCACAGUGCUUGACGAACUACUUUACAAGAAGUGCCCUUGUGAGAGAAGCAUUAGCUUGCGUGACAGCCUCAUCGACAAGUGUAUCUUUUCCUUGCAUGUUCUGAACCUAAGAUUGAUCUGACUUCACAUUUUCAAAAUAUUUUAAAGCACAUUAUUCCAACUCAUGGCAUUAGUCAGUGUUCCUAUGAACAGUUACUACACUGACUUCCUUUACGAUACUAUUGAUUUGUUGAUAAACUGCAGUUAGUUUACGUGAUGAGGCUCUAAAACUUGCCAAAGAGGUGAUAGGGCACUUUAUUUAAUGAUCAAAAGAUCUCACCUUUAUCAUCCAAGUGUAUAUACAUUUUUAUUCCUAUUGUACUUCGUAUCCUUUGUAUUCCUUUGUUGUUCAUUUCCGGCAGUGUCCCAAAGGGUCAGAUUUGUUGAACGAGCCAAAAGGGCAAAUGCAUUUAAGAUUUAGGCCCAAUAUUGUAAAACAUCACUGAUUUUGUAAUAUAUAUUUGCAUUUUUCUA